CACAGGAGACCUAGCAGCUGUAUGCAGGACGGACAGAGCUAUAGUGACAAGGACGUAUGGAAACCAGAGCCGUGUCGUAUUUGUGUGUGCGACACGGGAACUGUCCUGUGUGAUGAAAUAAUCUGCGAGGAGAUUAAAGACUGCCCCAAACCCGAGAUCCCAUUCGGAGAGUGUUGCCCCAUCUGCGUGCGGGACGGGGAAGCUCCCCCAAGUGGGGCCCCGGGAGCUAAGGGUCAGAAGGGGGAACCAGGAGAUAUCACAGAUGUGUGA